CAAAAUGAAAAUAGUAAACAAAACACAAAUCAAACUAAAUUCACAUAAAAACAAUUGAUCUCAUUUGAUUUUCCUUCAAAAUACAAAAAUCCCAUUUGCCCCCCAACAAUGACAACGGACGAAAGAAACUUCCGUUCCAGCUACUAUGAAAAGGUCGGCUGUAAUAGUGUGGAAGAAAAAAAAUCCCUAAAUAUUCUGCUCAAAGACCACACUCUCACUCGACUGAAACUACAGCAAUUCUGCCUGAGCUUCACAGUUCCAACAAAUCAAAGAACUCUUGUUUGGAAUAUUAUACUAGGAAUUCUCCCUUUGCCUGUCCAUCAAAAUGCCACAAGCUAUGUCAUGGAACAAAGAACAGCCGUUUACACUGAUGUCCUCAGAGCUGUUACUAUUAUGAGGUACAUCGACGAGAAUACGCCAAAGUGCAGAGUUCUCUAUGCAAUGUGGCUUCUCGAAAACAAAAAAUUACAUCCUGAUACGAAUAUAAACGAAGAGAAUCAUUUCGUUGAAAUAGCCAAAGUCCUGCUGCGAAUGUUUGAAAAUGAUGUCGAUGUAUAUUGGAUAGCCAAGGAGUUCUAUAAAUUGAUAAAAGUUAUCAAAGCAGAACUGCCCAAACUUAAAGAACUCACUCAGACUAUUCUUAAGCGAGAGGAUAACCUACUUUAUAGCCAUCUAGAAAAACACCAAUUUUUCAAAAGCAACAUAAUAGAAGAAUGGUAUGGGACCUGCUUUGCCAGUAUCAUCAACGAAGUGGCCCUAGUAAAAGUCUGGGAUAAAAUCUGUGGAGGAUCUAAGAAAAUAUUAAUUUUCAUACUGUUGGAAUUGUUAAAAACCGAAACUUUUCGAAGUGCCUUAUUUCAGUGUAAGACAAUUGACACAAUGAAGAAAUCUAUUGAAACGGCAAGAGAUCAAGAUGUUUCUAGUGUCCUUAACAAGGCUAUCAAGUCGUGGAAAUCUUGUAAUACAAUUCAUAAUGAAAUAAAUAUUCACUAGACUUUCUUGGUUGA